AUGCCUAUAAAAUAAACUUCGUGAAUGAAGUCAGCAGGCCGGAGCCGCAUGGCGACAUAAACAACUAUUAUUUUCAUGUUAUAAUACCACAUAACUGCAGUUCAGAUACAACGAUACCAACAUGUCGACUCGUGAAAUAUUGACAUUACAAUUUGGCCAUUACGCGAACUAUGUUGGUGCACAUUUCUGGAACUUACAAGAGCUUAGUUUUGAUUACACAGGUACUGUAAAAACAGAAGUAAACCAUGAUAUUUUGUAUCGUGAAGGCCAAACAGCUAAGGGUGAAGUUACAUACACACCUCGGCUAUUAUUGGCCGAUCUUAAAGGAUCCCUAAAAAACUUACCUGAAAGUGGAGGGCUGCACAAUGAAACUGAAGAAAAUGAAUUACUGUGGGAUGGUGUCGAAAAAAUAGAGGAACCAGCCCCACCAAAAAAUGAUUACCUGGCAGAUAUCGAUGGUGAAGGGCCAAGUGUUCCCACAAAACAAUAUAACCUUGAACAGGAUGUGAAAACUUGGACGGAUUACCUAUACCCUAGAUUUCAUGAGAGAACAAUCAAUAUAGUAAAAGACUAUGUACAUGGGGCUGAUGCAGAAAGUUUUGAUAUUUAUCAUAAUGGCACAUCAUUGUGGAAGCAAGAUUUUGGUGAUACAUUUACUGACAACAUUCGUAAAUAUGUAGAGGAAUGUGAUAGCAUGCAAGGAUUCCAAGUUAACUUUGACUGUGUGGAUGGAUUCGCAGGACUGGCAUUGAGUUGUAUAGAGUAUCUUGCAGAUGAAUAUAGCAAAUCUAUACUGGCAUAUCCAAUCAUACCUUCACAUUUCCCUGAUAACAAACCUACAACGCAAGAAGAGAGAGACAAGUCUAACCUAAAGGACUCCAUUAGACUUGUAAACACAGCACUCUCUAUACAGGAAUUAUCAGAACAUGCAACAUUAUUUGUGCCUAUUUGUACUGGGGAUAAAGGAUGGAGGAAACCGGGGAGCCCGAGGAAGUUUGACUAUCUUAAUUACAAUCCUGAACUAUACUACCACAGCUCUGCAUUAUUAGCCUCAGCUAUGGACACAUUGAGCCAAAAAUAUAGACACAAGAGCAACAUUUUUACACUAUCAGAUAUCUGUGCUGAUCUCACAGGGUAUGGAAGAAAACUAGCUGCAGCUUCCUUAGGAAUGCCACUUCCAUUAAAUGAAUCACAAUAUUUGAUAGAUUAUUUGAAUACUACAACAAAACCUAUUUACACAAGCAUCACACCAAGUUGCAAAAUUGCAUCAGAUAAACUGUUCCAACUCAUAACAGUUAGAGGAGUGCCCGAGAACUACUUGAAAGCUCCCAUGAAAGAGGCUAAAGAACAAAUGAAUAUACCUGCAUACCGGUGUAGUAAUGUGCAAGAGAUGUUUGAACUAUACUUCCAAGCAAACAAUUUCCUCUCAGCAACUAAUGUUACAAUAUGUGAAAAGCCUUUAGAAAUUAAAACACCCUAUCCAAGAUUUUUUUCCACUGAACUUAAUAAGUAUGGUUUUAUAAAAAGUGAAGUGAGAGAUGAGAAUAUUGAAAGUUGUGCUGUUGUUGCAGGAUAUCACAAUGGCAACUUCUUAUCUGAUAUGAUAGAGAAACUGCACAGGGAAACAAGUAGAAUUAAGUUUGCAAAACUACAUAAGUUCAAACAAGAAGGGUUUGAAGCUGCUGAGUACAGUGAAAGUUUAGAUAAGCUUGCGGAAUUCAAAGAUAAUUAUGAGGAUGACUUUGAAUUGUAAACCAAUCCAUUGCCUUACUUAAUAAUACUAAUAAGCUUUAAUAAAACUUUGUGCAAUUUUAUGUAUAUUGUUGCUUCUCAAUAUUUUCUUAUCUUAAUGUAAAAUAAACAAUAUAUUUUGAA